AUGGACAGCUGGGGAGCACUGCCGCACGGGGUGCCUUCUCAAAUCUACGACCGCCUCGAGCGAAACGAGCCGUCGGGGCGAGAGAAGAUACAAACGGCACACAUCGUGCCGCCGACAGAGCGGGACCUGGAAGAGCCGGGUGCGGUGGAUAUACAGGAGUUGUUAGCAUCGCUGGAGGGGGAUCGGGGCGUCUGUGGAGAUGCGGUGGGUGGCGAAUCUGCCUCUGCGGAUGAGCGAGCCGAUGUGCAUGGCAUUACCGAGGGUCGGGUUCACGAGAUCAGCUCGUCAGGCAUGUUUGACCUCGACCGUCGACCGGAUAUCGCAGAUGCGGAGAGGCUGCGAUAUGUCUGCGGGGCUAUGGGUGAAGUUGCUUCGUGGGAUCAGACACGGGGAAGGACGUGGGCAGGAUCGGCUGAGGUGCGCUACGGAUGUGCUACCGAGCCGUAUAUCCUCGUCUCCAGGGGGGACGAGUUUGCCGAUUCUUUUGACGCGGGCUUCUUCGCAAGCACGUUCCCCACGUUGUUUCCGUUUGGUAAGGGAGGGCCUCGCCAGGCCGAGGAAUGCAUCAUGCAUGGAGAUGGGCGCGGACCGACCGGCGUUAAAACGGAGGCUGCUAUGCGGGGGCUCGUGCUGUCACGAAACAUGAACCUGGAGGCAUGGGCUAAGUUGGUACUUCAACGACACGGCGGCCGCUUUGCGACACAUCCUGUGUUCGCGUUCCUCGUCUUCAAUAUGGGCGUCAGGUCAAGAAACGGGCGAGUGAGUCUGGCGAGUCUGAGGAGGAAAGAUUUCGCGGAGGCCGAGUGCAUUAUCCGAUCCUUAACGGGUACGAGGAUCGAGAGGGCCCAAGCCGAACUGGAGGCUUCCGGGAAAACUACGGACAAGGGCGUCAAUCAAUUGCUGAGGAGCUUGUCGCUCUACGGCUAUCGCCAGCCUAUGUCGAGGGAGAGUCGCUUGACCAUGCGUCGAAAAAUCAAGUCUCCCAUAGUUCGGUAUGGGAUCCCGGCCAUCUGGUUCACGCUCAACCCCAAUGAUAUCACGAAUCCGAUCAAACUCAGGCUCGCCGCAUAUCGCACUCGCGAAGCAGAGGAGGCCGAGGAUUUCUUAGGAGCCCUUGGCGAGCUGUAUAAGAGAGUUCGACUCUCGAUCUCGGACCCUCUCAGCUCAGCCCUCUUUUUCCAUAGGGAGAUCUCCAUGUUUUUCCAAUACUAUGUGCGAGUCGGGGAAGACUCGGUGUUUGGGCGCGUCAGCCAGUACUUUGGCGCCGUGGAGACGAACGAGCGUGGCGCGCUGCACCUCCACGGGCUCCUCUGGCUUCAGGGAAACACGCACUUGAGCACCCUCUUGACAGACAUUCGGAAGGAGGACCAAGCCGCGUAUCGGGAGCGAGUUAUGGAGUACGUUGACAGCGUGUUUACAGAGGAUCUUGACGAAGAGGCGUUUGCCUCGUUACGGAUGGAGAGGUCGGCGACAUCGGACAUAUCCUCGCUUUUCCAGAACAGAGAAGGGUUCGCCGCCGCAUUUGAGGAGGAGGCCAAUUUCUGUGCCGGCGCCACCCAGAUUCACACGCACAGCCCUACGUGCGUGAAGUACUCCAUCAAGAGAACGGGAAGGGGUCGGGACCCUUGCCGAUUCGGCGCGCCUUGGCAGCUGGUGGAGGAGACGUCCAGCACCUGCGUCAGGGCCGCGCUCAUGCGCUUGGCCAGCUCCUUGUCCAUCUCGUCGAGCUCGCGCUUGGCCUUGUUAUGGCACGGCACCACGAGUGGUGGUUGA